CUCCAACUCGGCAACACGUUGAAGGAUAAACUGUUCCCGAUACUCGGCUGCUGGAUAAUCACGGCUCUUUGUAAGUACUGCCUAUUUUUGCAGUUGACCAUUUCUGUUAGUACAGGAGAGGCAACCUCUGUCAGUGGCAGAAGCACAUCCCAUCCGUCUCCGCAUAAUCAGGCAUACCACAACUCUCCUACCCUACCUGCCAGCCGGAUUCUGUUUCUUUUCAGUUGCUCCCUUCCUCUUUUCCCUUCUAGAACACCAUACCAAAGUCAACAACACCAGGCAAACAACAGCUACAAUGGGCCGCCCACCCCUCUCCGAGAACCGGACCAUGUCUAUCCUCAACAAGGCCAAAGCCGGCGGCUACGCCGUUCCGGGAAUGUGCUGCUACAACAUCGAGUCCAUCAUCGCCACCGUCAAGGCCGCCGAGGCCGCCCGCUCGCCAGCCAUGGUCCUCCUCUUCCCCUGGGCCAUCCAGUACGCGGGUGACUCACUCGUGAAAGCCGCCGCCGACGCCGCCCACAGCGCCAGCGUGCCUGUGUCGCUGCACCUGGACCACGCGCAAACACCCGAGCUGGUGCGCCGCGCCGCCGAUAUUCCCGACGGCUUCGACAGCAUCAUGUGCGACAUGAGCCACUACGAAAAGGAAGAGAACCUGAAGCUCACGGCCGAGUUGGUGCAGUACUGCCACGAGCGCGGGAUUGCUGCCGAAGCGGAGCCUGGACGUAUCGAGGGCGGAGAGGAUGGCGUGGCGGAGACGGCGGACUUGGAAGGACUGCUGACUACGCCCGAGGAGGCUGAGGAGUUUGUCAAUACCGGGAUUGACAUGUUGGCUCCCGCAUUUGGAAACGUGCAUGGAGAGUAUGGUCCUAGGGGAAUCCAGCUGGAGUAUGAUCGUCUGCAAGCCAUCAAUGAGCGGGUGGGUGAGAGGGUCAGGCUGGUGUUGCAUGGUGCGGACCCGUUCGAUGAGGAGAUCUUUAGGAAGUGCAUGGCUGGUGGUGUGACCAAGGUCAACAUCAACAAAGGGAUGAACAAUCACUAUGCGAGGGUGCAGGACGAGAUGAAGGGGAAGCCGUUGACGAGCGUGAUUGAGGCCGGGACGAAGGCGAUGCAGGAAGCCAUUGAGCAGUAUAUGCACUGGCUGGGAAGUGCCGGGAAGGCUUGAUAAUGCCUAUAGAUACGUUACGUGCUAGAUAAAGCCGGAGCCAGGCUGUUGUAGCUUUGUGUCAAUCUUGCACGCUCCAUUGAAGACCAGUGUCAUCCCAUCAUCCCCAAAACAUCUCCU